CAAAGGUGUGGCUGAAUAUGCAGCAAACCAUUGUUGAGCUUACAAGAACAGAGCAUGCUCUGUUUGGAGUUCGAACUCUGAAGUGUAGUGUCGUGUCACUGAGCCCCCGAGAAGGAGAGAGAGUCUAGCAAUGGCAUACAAAACCCUCUUCAAACCAAGUCUCAUCCUCACACUCCGACUCAACAAAACGGUCAUUUCACUCUCACACCACCAUCCAUUUCGCCACUCGCAACCACCCUUUCCCUUCCUCAGCACUCAUCCAAUUCCAAUCUCACUUCCUCCAACAACGAGAAUUACUAACUACACCCACUUAUGGUGCUCUAAUUACACCACCCUCAGCGAAACCAUUGAGGGUUCAGAAAAAUGCUACCUGAACCUCUCGGACGAGGAGCUCAUGCGGCAGAGCGAGGUGGUCAGCACCGUAACAAGCGUGAAUCCGCAGUGCGCCUCAAACACCUACCCUCUGGAAUCAUUGCUCAGGCUUCAGAAGACCGCUCCCAGCACAAGAACCGAGCUUCCGCGAUUAAUCUCCUUCGCUCUCUUAUUGCUCUCAAAGGGAAUGCAAGCUCUUUUGGAUCUCAUUUUUGCAGUUGCGGGGUCUGUCUCAGAAGCUGCAAAAUAUCUUGGGUUAUCCACUGGGGCAGUGUCUCGGUUAAUCCUAUCUGAUGAUUCACUUAGAAAGGAAGUAAAUGAUCUGCGGGCAACGAAGGGUAUGAAGCCUCUCGAGUAGAAGUUCUCAAGUAGAACUACUCCAUAGUUAUGGAGUAAAGAAGGAAAGAGAAAACCUUCAAUAUGCAUAGAAACUAGUCAAAUAGUGGAAAAUUAUGUUUCUACUAAGUGUUCUUUUAAAUGGUAUUUAAACACUGGUAAAAAGGGUACUUUCUUUCUUGAUAGGAGGUUAUUAUGAAAUUUUAUUACAACUGUUCUCUUAAAUUUUAGAGUUAUUCCAUUAGUUCAACCCUAAAAACUUGACCCAGUGGCAGACUUUUGCCCUUGACUAUUUUAUAAAUGAAAGGAUAGAUUUUAGUCCUAUGGUUCCACUGCUGACCAAGUUAAUUCUGAAGAACAUGUAAUUUCAUAAGUCAUUUUGUGGUGUGUUUUUCUGUUCAGACUUAUCAUAUUGUGAUAUGGAGUUCUUUUAUUUGCAGAAAAAAAUUCUUUGAACCUGUAUGAAGCAUUUUCUUCGUUAAAGAAUUGAGAUUGACAAUGAAAAAUACUGAAGCUAGUGAGGAGAAAGGGGGAAGGUUGCUGAAUUUUCAGAUUGUAGAGAACAAAUUCUACAGAACUCAAUGAGUAUGUUGAAUAAAGCUGGUGCCUUAAGGAGCAUUUAGAUCACAGCCUUUAGAUGCAUUUUUUCUGUAGAUCUUUUUAAACAAAAUUAAUUUCUUGAUUUUCUGGCUCUGUAUACAGUUUUUUUUUUGUUUCUUUUUUUCUAGUUUAUACUAAACAUCAAAUUAAGUUUGACAACGUGGGAUACAGGAUGCAGAUAUUUGUAGCUUUUAUUUUAAAAGAAACUAUAUUUAUCAA